CUCAUGUUCAAUUGACACUCAUCUCAAUGAACCGCGGCUUUAGUAAUCUCCACGAGUCGCUCACCGCCUUCAAGCUCCCCGGCAGAAUCCCCCACUACGGCACCUCCUAUCUUCCCAUGGCGCUCUAACUGACUUUCCAUCAACCAACCCAAACACCCUCAAAUCGCGACCAUGUUGUCAGGCGUUCUGGUCUUCAAUCAAAAGGGCGAGAACCUUAUCUUCCGCGCCUUCCGGAACGACUGUCGUCCUCGCCUCGCAGACGUCUUUCGCAUCCAGGUCAUCUCCAACGCUCAAGUUCGAUCGCCAAUCCUCACCCUCGGAAGCACAACGUUCAGCCAUGUCAAGCAUGAGAACAUCUACCUGGUCGCUAUCACAAAGAGCAAUGCCAAUGCCGCUCUUGUGUUUGAGUUUCUCUACAGGCUGAUUCAGCUGGGCAAGGGUUACUUUGGCAAGUUUGAUGAGGAGGCUGUCAAGAAUAACUUUGUCUUGGUAUAUGAGCUCCUAGACGAAAUUAUCGACUUUGGAUACCCUCAAAAUACAGAAACCGACACACUCAAGAUGUACAUCACCACCGAAGGCGUCAAAUCCGAGGCCCGGUCCGAAAACACCUCCAAGAUCACGAUGCAAGCCACCGGAGCCCUCUCCUGGCGCAAGGCAGAUGUAAAGUACCGUAAGAAUGAGGCUUUCGUCGACGUGAUCGAGGACGUCAACCUGCUCAUGUCCGCUACUGGCGCUGUCCUGCGCGCAGACGUUACGGGCCAGAUUAUUAUGCGCGCUUACCUUUCCGGCACGCCCGAGUGCAAAUUUGGCCUCAACGACCGUCUACUUCUCGAUAACGAUGGCUUGCUGAGCCUCCCGAGCGGAAACAAGAUGGGUACAAAGGCGACAAAGGCUGCAGCUGGUAGUGUCACUCUCGAGGAUUGUCAAUUCCACCAGUGCGUUAAGCUGGGUAAAUUCGACGCCGACCGUAUCAUUAGCUUCGUUCCUCCCGAUGGUGAAUUCGAGCUCAUGCGAUACCGCGCCACUGAGAACGUCAACCUUCCCUUCAAAGUACACGCCAUCGUCAACGAAGUCGGUCGAUCAAAGGUGGAAUACAGUAUCGGUGUCAAGGCCAACUUCGGCUCCAAGCUCUUCGCCACAAACGUCGUCGUCAAGAUCCCCACGCCGCUCAACACUGCAAAGAUCACCGAACGCUGCACGCAGGGCAAAGCCAAGUACGAGCCUAGCGAGAACAACAUCGUGUGGAAGAUCGGUCGCUUCACCGGUCAGAGCGAGUACGUCCUCAGCGCCGAGGCUAUCCUGACAAGCAUGACGAACCAGCGGGCGUGGAGUCGACCACCGCUGAGCAUGAACUUUAGCUUGCUCAUGUUUACGAGUUCGGGACUGUUGGUGCGAUAUCUUAAGGUGUUUGAGAAGAGUAAUUAUUCGAGCGUCAAGUGGGUGCGGUACAUGACGAGAGCAGGAUCAUACGAAAUAAGAUUUUAAAUGCAUAUAAGUGGUAGAGCAUGUACGGCGUUAUGGUAUAUCCCGGCAAAAGUCGAGCGGGCGGUUUCUUUAGCAUCAAACCAUUAUCCAAUUUCUGUCCCUUCGUGAUCACUCAUCUUCAACUACCAAGACUCUGACACCUUGAAACUUUCCUCUAUCUGCGCCCUCUUGUUGACUCUUAAUCGCAGCAUCGAUCAAGCAUGCGAAAAUGUACGAUGGAUGUUCCUCCUCCCAUCCAAGUGCUGAGAGAUUCCGCGCUUCGACGUAGCGUCUCGAGACUGCAUGCACGAUGUCUCCUGGCCUCUCCUGAUCAUCCGUAUUCUUCGUUCGCAAACCUUUCCACAGUGCAUCGCGCGUUCUUAUCUCGCUCAUCUUGACGUUCUGUCUGCCGCACUGCUUACACCUCCCCGAGCAAUCAUCCACAAGAUACAACACCUCCAGGCCCUUCUGGAUCGUACAAGCGAAGAAUGCAACCUCUUCAAGCCCUAGCUCUCCAUACAACCCUGUCGCCCAGGUUUCGGAAACGUCAAUUGCGACCUUUUUCGCAUUCUGUAAUGCCGUUGCUAUUUCCGGUGACCAUUGGUUCUCAAGGAUGUCCUUGAUUGGCGGUGGUACGAGGAGCGUUUCUGUAGCUAGGUCGUUGUGGUCGGAUGGCUCCUCUCGGAAGCGAAGCAUGAGAACGUCGGAUGCAGGGAUGGAGACCUUUUGGGCUCUACCGGGGAGAUGGAUCUCGUUCAUAUCCUGUCUUGCCUCUGUCUCUCUGACGGUUUGCUCAGCGAGGCGACUGAUUAGCCUUGAUGUGGCUGUUGCGUGAUACACGCUUGGGUCGAAUGCAGCCUUUGACCUGACAUUCUCGAGACGGUCGAGAAAUACCAUCUUUUUGUAGUUGUUGAGCUUGGCUUCUCCUGCUUUAUCCUUCCUCUGUGUCUCGAAAGCUCUUUCAGC